CGUGACGUGUGUUUACAUCCUCUCCUCAGCUGUUUCUUUCUUCUGCCACUCGCACUCGGCGGCUCGUCCUCGCUUCUCUCAGCCGCACUGACCGAGCCGCCGCUCGGCCCAGUCAACCCAGUCCUCCGCCUCGACUCGUCUCGGAAGUGACCUGUCACCGACCGACCGACCGACCGUGGCAUCGCACGAGCGCCGCGCUCCGAAGGAGUCCGCUGACGCGACGCGACAUCGCAACUCGAAGGACUCUGCAUCACAGAGAGGGCAGAGGGAAAAACUGGGAUAGAAAAACACGCUACUGUACAAUCAGUGAUGCAGUUACAUGUUUCAGUCUAGCAGAUCGCUUUCUGCCUGGACAUGACUGUUGUCUGAACUGACGCUUGAGGGAGUCACAGCGGCACCAUCCUCCGGCCAGUCGUUCAUCUCCAUGCCACUGUGAGGAGGGAAAUCACUCAUCCAGAGAACGACUUCGCCCCCCUUGUGUUUCUCUCCUACUUUUUCGCCAUGGGGGGAGCCGUGAGCGCUGGGGAGGACAAUGACGACCUCAUUGAUAAUCUGAAAGAAGCUCAGUACAUUCGCACGGAAAAAGUAGAACAGGCGUUCCGGGCCAUAGACCGGGGUGACUACUACCUGGACGGCUACCGGGACAGUGCCUACAAAGACUUGGCGUGGAAGCAUGGCAACAUACACCUGUCUGCUCCGUGUAUAUACUCCGAGGUGAUGGAGGCCCUCAAACUGCAGCCAGGACUCUCUUUCCUCAAUCUGGGCAGUGGGACCGGCUACUUGAGCACAAUGGUCGGCCUUAUCAUAGGGCCAUUUGGUGUGAACCAUGGAGUUGAGCUCCACAAGGACGUGGUUGAAUAUGCCAGAGAGAAACUGGAUGAUUUCAUAAAGAACGGUGACAGCUUUGAUAAAUUUGAGUUUUGUGAGCCCGUCUUUGUGGUGGGGAAUUGCCUCGAAAUCUCCACAGACAGUCAUCAAUAUGACCGCAUUUAUUGCGGCGCAGGGGUGCAGAAGGACCACGAAAAUUACAUGAAAGUGCUGCUCAAAAUUGGAGGAACUCUGGUAAUGCCCAUAGAGGAUCAGCUGACCCAGAUAACCAGGACUGGUCAGUGCACAUGGGAGAGCAAAAACAUCUUGGCAGUGUCCUUUGCCCCCUUGGUUCAGCAGAGUAGAGCCGAUGGAGAUAAGUCUGACACUGUUCAGCUGCCCCCAGUGACCGUCCGCAGCCUUCAGGAUCUCUCUCGGAUCUACAUACGCCGCACUCUCCAUAACCUGGCCAACGAGGACAGUCAGGGGAGGGCGAUGGUGCAAAGAGUCCCCCAGAAGCGCAAGCGCAGGCGCUGCCGGCGGCGACGCAUCAACACGUACGUUUUCGUAGGCAACCAGCUGAUCCCCCAAAUGGUGGAGAGUGAGGAGGAGGAGCACGCCGAGGACGAGCACAAGGAAGCGGAGGAGGAUGAGGAGGAGAGAGACAUUGGCGACAUUGAAAUCCUCAAGCAAGUGAACAUGUUGAGAGACCAAAUAAUGGCUCUGCCACUGCCUGAGUCACUGAAAGCAUAUUUGCUGUACUACAGAGAGAAAUGACUGAUUCCCUCCACAUCCACUCUGAACGGGCGCAGCUCCCGCCGAGACGCUGUUCUUCGCUCCUGUUCAGAACAAAUGUAGCAUUAUUUCCAUUAAAUCUUGAUGGCAAAACUGUAAUGGAAAGAUACGUCACAGAUAAUAUUGGAUAAUAAUGUUAUGAUUGUCGUGACUUGCUUGUUUUUGUUGACGUUUUUCUUUUGAUUUGUAUGUUUAAGAAAAGAAAAAAAGUAAAUGGACAUAGUUUCAGAAACCCAUUUUGAGAUUCAGAUUUUAUCACAAUAUGUCAGGAUUUCUGCGAAAGUGUGCAGAUGACAAAAAUUGUAUAGAAAAAAAAAGACAAAGUUCUUACUAUAUUUGUUAAAAUAUGAUCUUGCUAAUAGGAAGACUUUUAUUGCACCUUUUUUAGAAGCUUUAAUUUUCACUCAGCGAAAUGAUGCUGAAUGGAAAAAAAGACUGAAAGUCGAUUAUGGCCACAUCCUCCCAUUUUGGAUUUCAAGAGUGAGACGCGUAAUCGUGACUGGGGCACUUGUAUCAUUACUCCUUUGGAUAUUAUGUCUUGGGUCAACUUGUUUUUCUAGCGUCCCUCUUACAGUAGAGGAUCGAGAGACCAGAGUGUUUUGUCACUUUGCAUAUGAGUAACAUCCUACUCCAUAUGAUAAUGUGUUGUCAGCCCUCUCCUCGCCGUGGUUUUCUUUCCAUUGUAAAUGCGAAUAAUAUAUUAGUUUCAAUAAUCAUAUCAGAGGUAUAAAAUAGUGAUGAAACUCACGACAGGUGUUUAAUGGUGGCUCAUAUGUUCAACUUCUGUCUGGGGAACUGGUAACGGGGAGAUGCCAGUAAGUGAACACAUGCAUGAAUAUACUGUGUAUGUCUUCGAGUGUUCCUGGCUCUGUUUCACAUGUUAUGAUUGAUCACUGGAGGUGAUGUCCCAAGUGAUCAAGUUUGGGAAUAUUUUUGACAAAAAAAAGGUAAAGAUUAUUAAUUGAUUAGAUGGCCUUGAGACAAACCCCUUUUUUUAUAUUAAAUCAACACCAAUGCAAAAUCAGAAUCAUGGAGGAUUUUGAAGCCUUUUCGUAUCCUGGGCUGUUGAAGAGUCCAGCAAAGCACCUUAAUGUGCAGUCUUCAAGUGUACAAGGGAGGGGGUUUUUUGGGAGGGGGGGCUUGAUUUGUACUGCGUGCUGAAUUUACCACAAAGUAAACCCUGUUCAAUCAAAGUACACUUUUCUUGCAGAACUUUGCUGAUAGUGAUGGUUUUUAUCGCCCAUGGAUUUAAUGUACCCAUCACAUUAGGGCUUUCUGUGAGUUUCCUGGCACAGUGAAUUGAACCCAAAUCGAUGCUAUAUUUCUCCAAAAACAUUCCACGGUGAAUAAGAAAACAGCACAUCACUGAUAGAUGUCACACUUUUUCUUCAUACUUUACCAACACAGACUUGGAGGUUUCCUUCAUCUUACUUAGAAUGCAUAAUUUAGUGUUAUUCCAAAAGUUAAGUUUAAUGUUGUUGAUAUUAAUUCUGUUCAAUAUAAAAGUGAUGUAUGUAUUGUUAUCAUAUGAUUCUGCCUACAGUUUAAUUUGCAUUGGGUUUUUUGUAGCGCCCUCUUGCUGUACUGUAUCUUGACACUGGGAAACUUUGUAAAUCAAAAGUCCACUGCUGUCUGUUAAAUAGGAAAGAUAUAUUAGUGAUAUUGUUAUUCAUUUCGUUCUGGUGUAAUGAAAAAAAAUUUGUUUGGAAACGGGCUGAUUAUUCUAUAAGUAUCUUUUUUUGUGUGAAGAGGUAACAUUUAUUUACUGUAGGUUUUUUUUUGUCUUUGUACAUUUUUCCAUUGGAAAGCUUUGCAAGAAAGCAAUAAUGGAAAUACUUUAUCACCCUUAUAAUUACCAAUAACAACAUGACCACCACUUGAUUUGUGUUAUGUCCAUUAAAGUUCAUAGGAUCAAUUACAGGUGCGCAACAGAUUAUAUACCAUUAUCUAAAAUGUAAUUGCUAAUUAUAGAGCACAUUAAGGAUUGAAGGCGGGGGACCUACAACCUCAACUCUCAGGUCUCGCCUUGCACCAAAGUUAAUGGGACUGCUGUGAUUUCAUUUAAAGUGGACAAGAUUCGCGUACCCGGAAAAGUCAUAGCCAAUUCUGUGCUCUUAAGUUAAUUUGUUAAGAGCCAAGAUAGUUGUGUUAUUAUUUUUUAUUUUCAUGAUUUCUCAUAGUGUGUGCAGUUCAUUUUGAAAACGUGUCCUUUCUCCGUAAAUGUUUGGCACAAAAAAUAAAGGUCACAAUCACAUUAUGCCUCUCCAAA